GGGAAAACUUUAAUGAGUACAAGUUGCUGCCGAAACGGAAAGACAGGCGGCCGACAAACGGAUUGUCGGACAGACGGACAGGUGUCCUUGCUGCAGCGUAGUCCGCAGCCAAGUCAAACGAACCGAGCACGCCACGGGCUGCGGACGGAUUCCUUGGAUAGUAUAGCUAGAGUGUAAGGAGAAGCGUGGUCACCAUGAAACCGGGACUCGAAACCAGCGACGAGGCCGAGGAGGAUGGCGAGGGGCGGGAUCAUCACGAGGGGGAUCCCCGACCAUUGCCCUACGACUUCGAAAAGGAGCUGAUCGAACGCUCCAACCGACACAUCCGACUCUACGAAACAUUUGUUCCAGUGAGCCAAGUUUAUCCACUGACCCGGAAGUUUUACGCCCAGUUCGAACAACGUCAACCGCCGGAUCCUUUGCGUUACCUGCGUCACACUUAUCCGGAGAAGCAGUUGGAGCGCCAGAGGAAACUGGUAAAGGCGGUUCCGCUGCUGGAGUCCCAGGUUUACGGCUGGCUGCCGCUCCAAAGUGAAGAGCGGUCCGCCGGUCUGAAUUUUUUAAAUGCUCCAAAACUCCGCAGCGGAAUGACUGUUCACGGAGAGCGAUUGAUCGCGGAGAGAAUUACGGAGCGACCCCCUUUUAACGGGCUCAGGUUCCUGCUCCACUAAUCUUUCGGCUGAAUAAAGACCUCGCAUGAUGAUCCUUAGUUUAUUUUAAAUUUAAGGACUUGGCUGUUCCAUCUUAAAAUUAUCGUUAUUUCUAUAGGCGAUAUUACAAAUUGUUUAUGAUCAAAUAUUUGCUUAAAAAUUUUUUUAACGGUAUUAUUAUUUGUCAAAUAAA